UAAAGCGAUAUAACUUCGAAUUUUUUUCUUUUUGUAAACGCGUUUAAAAACGACACGUUAACGCGCGUUUUUAUAUGAAAUAAACGCCUUUCAACGCUCGUUUUAAUUUCGUUAGAAAACGCGUUCAACAAAAACGGCAGAAAACGGUUAAUUCAACGAUCAUUAGCAAACGCGUUAUUCUAAAGUUUUGAAAAAAACGCGUUUAAACGGCUCUUUUAACGAUCGUUCAGAAAAAACGCAUUUUUCUUGCCGUUUCUAUGGGUUUAUUUUUGCCUGGGAUGAUAGUUCUUUGCUAGUGGGAAAUCCACUUAGAAAUAGUGAUGUGGUUUGAUCACUUUUUCUACUCCUCUGUACCCGAUUGUUGUUUUUUCGAAGGUUUAAUGGGAACAAUUAAUUGUGAGUUUCUGAGUUAGCAAUUUGACUAUUCAGUCUGCAACUUGUUAUAUAACUGUACAUGGAGUUACUAUUAUUAUGGUGAAUGAUUGCUCUGUUGAUGACCAGAGCAAUCAUGAUGACCAGUAUUAAACUUGAUUGAUGAUUUUGCUUUUGCUAUAUCUUUAUUAUUCUUGGUUAACUGAAAUUUGUCGGGGUUACUGAAAUAUCGAGAGUCUUACAGACUAAUUAGGAAAUUUAAUUUUUCUUCAACACGUUACUUUUUGAAAAUUUGCAGUUGUAAUUUCUCUGUCUGCUAAUCGUAUUGAGGAAAUUUAUGUUUGAAUAUUAUAAACUUUGACUAUGUAUUAUUUUCGGUUUUUGCUCGAAUCCAUUCUUCGCCAGCGUAACGUAUAGGAUCUAACUUCGUUAAAGUGGCUAUGAUUCCUUAAGGGUACACCCGAUUUUCUUGGCCGUGCUGAAUGUACACCAAUUGUUCGUUUAACACCUGAUGAUAAUAAACCACCCGCAACAAAAUUAAAAUGGCACAAAGUUAUACUUGGGAAUGAAGACGCUGAUGCUGGUGAACUACUGGCUGCAUUUGAAUUAUUCUUGCUUCCAACACAAUCAAGUGGGAUAAAAAUGCCGCCAGAGCCACCAAAGCGUGGCUCACUGUUUAUUGUUCCAGCAGCAAUUCGCCCUCAGUUAGUACGAACUGGUAUCGAAAUUUUAUGUUGGGGUGUUCGAAAUAUGAAAACAUUUAUGUUAUCGGAAGUGGAAAAUCCACAAGUUGUAUUUGAAGUAGGUGGUAGGGAAAUUGAAUCAUCAAUUGUCAGAAAUUCUAAACAGGCACCAAAUUUUGAUAACCCGUUAUUAUUUAUUGAUGCUAUGUUACCCAAAGAAGACAUAUAUGCACCACCAAUGAACAUUAAAGUUAAAGAUAAUCGUUCGUUUGGAUUUGCUCCAGUUGUUGGCAUGCAUGUAAUCAAAUCAUUACAGAAAUUUCGCGCUGAUCCAACAGCACCAUCAUUAACUAUAAUGGCAACGACGGAGCUUAAAACAGAAGCCUAUCAAACUCCUCCGAGUGAUUUUGUUCUUAAUCUUGAGAAAAAAACAAAAAAGAAAGCUAAAAACAAAACGAAAACAGUUGCUGAAGAAGAUAUUGACUGGUGGUCAAAAUAUUAUGCAUCAACAGGUGAUUUGAAUAAAUCCGGUUCAUAUUUGCAAAGAGGUCAUGAAACAAUAACGAUAUUUCCAUUCCCAUUAGAAUCUCAUCACAUCUAUCAGGGUUUUAAUGAUUUUUGCAUGGCAUUUCCAUUGACUAGAGGGAGAACACAAUUUGAAGAAGAAAACGAAAUUGUUGGAGAACUCAAGGCUUUAUUUAAAGUUUAUCAGCUGCCUGAAGAUUCAAACAAACCGCUACCAAAACAUGUGAUGGAAAAUAUACCGAAUACCAAUUCUGAAGAGUGUAUCGUUCGCAUAUAUAUUAUCAGAGCACAUGAUUUACAACCACACGAUACAAGUGGAAAAUCUGAUCCAUAUAUCGAAAUUGAACUAGGCAAAACAAAAUUAGAUAAUCAUGAUGAAAAAAUACCAAAUACAAAUAAUCCGAUUUUUGGAAAAAUGUUUGAAAUAACUACAGUAAUACCAGCAGCAAAAGAUUUAAUUAUUCGUAUCAAAGAUUGGGAUUUAAUAACAAGUGAUGAUGUAAUUGGACAAACAACAAUUGAUCUAGAAAAUCGCCUACUUAGCAAAUAUCGAGCUACAUGUGGAUUACCAUUACAGUACAAUAUGUAUGUGAAUUUUAUUGAUAAGUAAAACUUCUCAGGCAUUUUGUUUUGAAAAUUGGUCAAUCUUUUCCUAAAGCUAUAUUUUUCCCCAUUAUUUAGUUCUAAGCAUUUCUUUCCAACAAUAUUCUCUCACACAAAACUACUCAAAUGGAAUAGCACAAAAACUCGAGUUUUACUCUGUAAAGAAAAAGAGUACUUUAUGAAGCCUAACCGAAAAGUCAGUUAUAAAAGCAGGGCUGUCUAAUCACAUAUAGUGUGGCUGACUGUUUUUUGAAUAACUUUCUAUAGGAAUGAGAUAGAGACCUGCGAUUUUCGUUAUUCGAUAGCCAAGACUUGAGCAGAACUGUUCGCAAGGGAAAACAACUUUUGAAAACAUUUCAAAGAUCGGGUUUCCAGAGGAUCUUUGGAAAACCAGCUCCGUUCUCAGAAAACUAACAUAUAAUAUUAGUAAUUUUUUUACAUGCGUAGAUAGUUCGGACGUUACUCUACAAAAUUAUGCAAGUCCCGGCUCUCCAGCUAUCUUCGUUCGGACAAAGCUCGCUUUCCCCGAGCACGUAUCUGUCUCCGAGCAGAAAUCUCUGGAAAUCUCGA